AGCAAGUAAUGACUCGGAACUACUUAAUGCAUCAACCAGUGGAGAACAGCAAACUGCUUCUCUCAUUGGCAAUGAAAAUUCUCAGCCUAGAAAAAGAAAUAACAAAUCUAUUGUAAACAUAUUAGAACAGGACAUAAAGAGAAGAGAAAAAAGAGCAGUUGAGAGAGAUAUGUUGAGAAAACAAAUCCUGGAGAGUAAUUAUAAAAAUGUAUCAUCGAGCAACAAAAGCAUGGAAAAGUUUUUCAUGAGCAUGUGUGAUGCCACAUGUGAGCUACCUGAGCAUCUUCAAAUGAGGAUUCAGAGACAACUAUUCAAUAUAGUAAUGGAAGCUCGAGAGCAACAUUUGAUGCAAACACCAAGUUACCCGAGUCCAGGACAUGCUACUAAUUACAAUAUGUCGCCGGCCAGCUCUGUGAAUUUGCCGAUGCGUGCUGUUAGCCCUAGUUCAUUGCGCUCGAACUCAGCAACCUCUGAUUAUUUAAAUUCGCCUGUCCAUUAUUCAUUACAAAGUCCACCGACGGAAUCCAGUACUCCAAUGAUGCCACCAAACACUAAUGAUUCGGACUUGAUUCGUCAGUUUUCACAACAAAACACAGAUAUGUCUACCGACGCACAUUCUUCUGGACAUCAUGUUUAUUCAGUACAAAAUCCAUCACCGGAAUCUAAUUCUUUAAUGACACCGCAGAACACAACUGACAUUUCUACUCAUGAAGACAUCCGUUCCUAUCUUGUGAACUUUGAGUUGACAAAAUAUAAUCAAUAGUGUAAUGAUUACAAUAAGCACUUUACUGUCAUUGGAAUAAGCGAUUAAAAAUUUAAUGAAUAUUUUAUACUUUCAUUUCAUUCUUACCUUA